GCUCCGUGCGCCGGGCAAAAUGGCGGCUGUGCAAGAUGGGCCGAUGGAGCUGGACACCGAGAAAGAAACAAAGCCCGAAAUUCUCAGCGAUGGUUCAGCAAACCUCUCGGGAAAUGCGGGGAGCGGGGUGCUUUCCUCAUCGCCCCACGCCGCCGGAGCUCAGAAGCCAGAGGACCAGCAAACUUUGAUUGCGGUGCUGCAGUUUCUGAGGCGGAAUAAAUUGACGGAGUCGGUGGAUAUCCUAAAGCGUGAAGCCGGUCUCUCGGACGAUCAAGAGAACUCAAAGGCUACUGAUACCGGAGGGAAGGGUGAUGGAGACGCUGGAGAUGCAAACGCUUUGCUCAGCCGUGUGUCCAUCACAUCAGCAACCGCCCCCCAGAGCGCUCCUCUGCCUCUUAAAAGUGGGGAUGACCAGCCGGAUGUCAGAGUUGUGUUGUCAGCAUACAGCCAGCAAGGAGAACCACCUCUUUAUAAGGUUUACUACAGUGACCUGAAAAAAUUCAUAGAGUCGGUCCUGGACUGUCACAGGGCCGAGCUGUCCCAACUCUUCUAUCCUCUGUUUGUUCACAUGUACCUGGAGCUGGUCUACAACAACAACGAGAGCGAAGCCAGGGCUUUCUUCGACAAGUUUAGCGGUGAUCAGGAAUGCUACUAUCAGGACGACCUGCGUGUUCUCUGUGGCCUCACUAAAAAGGAACACAUGAAGGGGAACGAGACUCUGCUGGACUUCCGCACCAGCCGCUUCGUGCUCCGGAUCUCCCGUGACUCGUACCAGCUGCUGAAGAGGCACCUGCAGGAGAGGCAAAAUAACCAGAUAUGGAACAUCAUUCAGGAGCACCUGUACAUCGACAUCUUUGACGGCAUGCCCCGCAGCAAGAGUCAGAUCGACAGCAUGUCCGGCAGUCUCGCCGGAGAGGCCAAGCGAGAGGUUAACAAGGUCAAGGUAUACUAUGGGCUGCUAAAGGAACCAGAGAUCGAGGUCCCUCUGGACGAUGAAGAUGAUGAAGCGGAGAACGAGGAAGGAAAGCCCAAGAAGAAGAAAGCUAAGAAGGACAGCUUGGGCUCAAAGAGCAAAAAACAAGAUCCCAAUGCACCUCAGCAGAACAGGAUCCCUCUGCCAGAGCUGAAAGACUCAGACAAGCUGGAUAAGAUCAUGUAUAUGAAGGAGAGCACUAAACGAAUCCGACUCAGUCCAGAGAACCUGCCUUCCAUUUGUUUCUACACAUUCCUCAACGCCUACCAGGGUUUGACGGCAGUAGACUUCACAGAUGACUCAAGUCUACUAGCGGGAGGGUUUUCCGAUUCCACCGUCCGCGUGUGGAGCGUCACACCCAAAAAGUUACGCAAAGUCAAGUCUGCAGCAGAACUGAAUCUGAUUGAUAAGGAGUCCGAUGAUGUUCUUGAAAGGAUCAUGGAUGAGAAGACAGCCAGUGAGUCUAAGGUCCUCUACGGUCACGGCGGGCCGGUGUACGGUGUCAGCUUUAGCCCGGACAGGAACUAUUUGUUAUCCAGUUCUGAGGAUGGUACAGUCAGGCUGUGGAGUCUGCAGACGUUUACUUGUCUCGUGGGGUAUAAAGGACACAAUUAUCCAGUGUGGGACACUCAGUUUUCACCCUUUGGUUAUUAUUUUGUGUCUGGAGGACAUGAUAGAGUUGCACGCCUCUGGGCGACAGAUCAUUACCAGCCACUGCGGAUAUUUGCUGGACAUUUAGCUGACGUCACCUGCACACGCUUUCACCCGAACGCUAAUUACGUGGCAACAGGCUCCAGCGAUCGCACCGUGCGCCUCUGGGAUGUCCUGAAUGGGAACUGUGUCCGAAUUUUCACAGGUCACAAGGGGCCCAUCCAUUCUCUUGCUUUCUCACCCAAUGGAAAGUUCUUGGCGUCUGGCGCAACAGAUGGACGAGUACUGCUAUGGGAUAUCGGACACGGGCUGAUGAUCGGCGAGCUCAAAGGUCACACAGACACGAUUUAUUCCCUCAGGUUUAGCAGAGAUGGAGAAAUUCUUGCAUCAGGAUCUAUGGAUAAUACAGUACGACUGUGGGAUGCUAUGAAGGCUUUUGAUGACAUAGAGAUGGACGAUUUCACUGCAGCGACCGGACACAUUCACCUAUAUGAUAACUCCCAGGAGCUCCUGCUAGGGUCGUACAAUUCUAAAUCCACAUCUGUCAUCCACCUGCACUUCACCAGACGCAACCUGCUGCUGGCCGCAGGGAUGUACAACUCCCAGUGAUGGAAUCAGCUUUUUUUUUAAAGAUUUCCAAACAUCUCAAUGUGAAAUUGCUUCAGGCAAAAUGAAAAGCUGUGUAAUGAGACUCAUCACAUUCAGGUGUUACUGGUUUGACAGUCAAGGUCAGAUUGAAUCAGUCAUGCACUGAGUGUUUGUAUAUAAGAUACCCGUGAGCAGCCACAAAUACCUCUUCUGUCAUUUAUAUCCUGAUCCAAGAUCAGAUUUCAUGUAAAACCAAAUUAACUGUUUGUACAAGCAAGGAUUCUGAGCUUUUAUAUUUCUUUAUUCAUCUCUGUAACAUGGCCUUUGUGCUUCAUAUAUCUCUGAAUGAGGCGGAUGAUCUAGGAUCAGCUCAAUUUAAAUCAUAGACAACAUUUGGAUGUGACAAA